AUGAAAACUUUUCGAAUUCUUAUACUAUUUACAACAUUAUUGGUAUUACUUAAUGUAUAUACAAAUGCUAAACAGGAUGAUGAUUCAGGAUUCAUAACUAUUCUUCUUACAAAAAAAAAAUUUAUUCAUAGCAGAACUUUAGAUGAUUACAUUAAAAUAAAUACUCUCAAAAAUAAAAAAUUUUCUAGAUUAGAAAAGCGUCAAUCUUCAAACAUAACCUUAAAAGAUGAAACACUUGCGGAUAAAGAUAUGGGUUAUAUUGGCCCUAUAACAAUUGGUAAUCAAAAUUUUGUUGUGCUUUAUGACACUGGUUCUUUAGAUCUUUGGAUCCCAGAUAUUUCAUGUGCUUCUGAAUGUGGAAAUCAUAAUCGAUUCGAUCCUUCAAAAUCUUCUACAUUUCAAAUAAUCAAGGAAAACUUUACCUUAUCUUAUGGCCUUACUGGUGACAGUCAGUCUGUUGUUGGUUAUAAAGGUCAAGAUACCGUCAUAUUCGGUGGUGUCUCGAUCACACAACAAACAUUUGGAUUAGUAACACAUGAACCUUAUGGAGAUCUGGAAGAAGAUGGUGUUAUUGGUCUUGGACCUUUAAAUGUUGCUGGGUUUAAAGUGAAUGGUGUUAUGCAAUCAGUACAAGCUCAAAAAAAAUUAUCUCAAAACAUAAUUGGUUUUCAUUUGGCAAGAGAAAAAAAUAAUUCAAAUGAUAUAAGCUUUAUGACACUUGGUGGUGUUGAUCAAAAUGCUGUUGUGGGUUCUAUUGGAUAUAAUACUGCAAAUGUUUCAGUAGGAUAUUGGUUGAUCCCAUUAAAUGAUAUUAUGGUUGAUGGAAGUUCCAUUGGUCCUUUUCAACCUGCCCCAGCUAUUAUCGAUACUGUAGUUAGUUUAAUUCAUACCAAAAUUCCUGGUGCUAGACUUUAUCGACAACAGAAUGAAGAGCUUUGGAUUGUUCCAUGCGAUACGAAAUCUGUAAUUUCGUUUACAUUUGAUAGUGGAACAUAUUCAAUCGAUCCUAUCGAAUUUGUUAUAAGUGUUAAUCAAUCAAAUCGAUCACCGAUAUGUGUUUCAGGCAUACAGCCAAAUACUGCUAAUUAUUGGUUACUUGGUGAUGUAUUUUUGUCAAGUGUUUAUAGUGUAUUUGACUUUGAUAAUUAUCGUGUUGGUUUUUCUCAAACAAAAAUAAUAUUAAAUUCUAAUUCUGUUACUUUAAUACACCAAAUUGCUCUUGAUUAUCAUAUGAUGUGCGCGCAAAAAGCAUUUCAAACAGUAGAUAAUGCCCAAAGGCACCAUCGAUCUGGUGGAUACCAUUUAGUCAAAGGUAAUGGUAAUUCCACAAAUGUGGAAGAUUGGUGCAAACAUUGA